UCUCAGUGACUGGAGGAGCCAAGAACUUCUACCUGAAGGCUCGGCUCAAGAACAUGUUCCACAGAGGUCUUAUCAAAGUGGCCCAGACAACAGGUGCGUGGAUCAUCACCGGAGGUACCCAUGCAGGUGUGAUGAAGCAUGUAGGGCAGGCUCUGAGGGAUUACACCCUGAGCAGCAACCCCAUGCAGGGCCAGAUCGUGGCAAUCGGAGUGGCAACAUGGGGAAUAAUUCACAACAGGGAUGUUAUGGUGCAUUCAGAGGGUUGUUUCCCAGCCCAUUACUCGAUGGACAUCAAGGGCCAGGGCCAACUGUCCUGCCUCGAUAACAACCACACGCAUUUCCUGCUGGUGGAUAAUGGCACUCAUGGAAAAUACGGGGUGGAGAUCGAAUUGCGGAGUCAUCUGGAGAAAUGCAUCUCCGGAAAGCAUCUUGGAAAUAAAGAGAGUGGUGUUACCAUCCCUGUGGUGUGUGUUGUUUUGGAUGGAGGACCAGGCACUCUGAAUACUAUCUAUAACGCCAUGCUGAAUGGUACACCGUGUGUGAUCCUGGAGGGCUCCGGGAGGAUAGCAGAUGUGAUCGCCCAGGUAUCAGGACUGCCAGUGACCCGGAUCACUAUCAGCCUCAUCAGCCAGUUAUUAGAGAAGUUUUUCGGCCAAGAGUAUGAAAACUUCACUGACUUCAAGAUAAUAAAAUGGACCAAGCAGAUUCAGGACAUCAUCAGGAUGUCACACUUGCUGACAGUAUUCAGAGUAAGCGAGGACGAUCAUUGUGAUGUGGAUGUAGCCAUUCUUCAAGCACUCCUUAAAGCUUCAAGGAUCAACGAGACACUGGGAACAGAGGCCUGGAAGAGGCAGCUGGAGCUGGCUAUAGCCUGGAACCGUGUGGACAUUGCUGAGACUGAGAUCUUCACUGAGGAAAGUCAGUGGAAGUCCAGUGACCUCCACUGGGCCAUGUUCUCUGCCCUGGUUAGCAACAAGCCUCAAUUUGUGAGUCUGCUACUAGAAAACGGUGUGAGUCUGAGGGAUUUCCUGCAGGACGAGGACACUCUGUGUGAGCUCUACAAACAGCUGCCCGCCUGCUUUUUUCUAAACAAGCUGGCCAAGCGGGUCCACAGUUCCCGCCGCAGCAUGAAACGAGUGUUCUUCAGGUCUCGACCUCACCGAGGGCAAGGUGAAAGCAUUUCCAUGACUCAUGUGUCCGAUGAGGUGCGCCACCUACUGGGCAGUUUCACCCAGCACCUCUACCCUGCCACCACGACACAUGACUUCAACGUGUCCAUGGAGGAUUCAUCAGUGUCAGUGAGUCUUCAGAGAGGUACCACAGCUCUACUCAGGGAGGCCAGCAUUGAGGCACAGAGGGAUCCAGGCAGAGACCUUUUUCUUUGGGCUAUUGUCCAGAACAAUAGAGAGCUGGCUGAAAUAGCCUGGGAGCAGUGUAGAGACUGCAUGUCUGCUGCUCUGGCCGCCAGUAAGAUCCUGAAGAAAAUGGCUCAAGAAGGAAAUGAUGCAGACGAGUCAGAGGACAUGUGCGCACUCGCCAGCCACUAUGAGCAACACGCCAUUGGUGUGUUCAGCGAGUGUUAUAACUGUGACGAGGAGCGAGCUCAGAAGUUGUUGGUUCGUGCAUCACCGUAUUGGGGCAGGACGACGUGCCUGAGGCUGGCACUGGAGGCUGAUGAUAAGAGUUUUGUAGCUCUGUCAGGUGUUCAGGCUCUUCUGACGCAGAUUUGGUGUGGCGGGCUCUCAGUGGACAACCCUGUGUGGAGAGUCGUAAUCUGCAUGAUCUUCUUCCCGUUUAUCUACACUGGCUUUCUGACUUCCAGACGUGACGAACUCAUCCACAGGGAAACUGAGAAGAGUGAGGAGGUGAAGACAGUGGAGAUGGUGACAGGAAGUAUACUUCGAACAAAAUUUCGUGGCCUUGACCCCACCAGCCUGCAGCACCUGAAGCCUCUGAGCAAGUGGUCCAGAUUGGCCUGCCUGUACAACUCUCCGCAGGUCAAAUUUUACUUGAACAUAGUGUCCUACUUCGCCUUCCUCUUCCUGUUCGCUGUGGUGCUCAUGAUCGAUUUCCAGGAAACGCCAUCUGCUGGGGAGGUGCUGCUCUACAUCUGGCUGUUCUCUCUGGUGUGUGAGGAGGUCAGACAGUUGUUUCAUGAUCCUGAUGGCUUUGGGUUUCGGAAGAAAUCCACAAUGUACAUCAAAGACAUAUGGAAUAUUUUAGAUGUCAUGUCCAUCAUCCUCUUUAUUUUUGGGCUUGCAUUUAGGCUGACGACUGAGCUCUUCUAUGCGGGUAAAGUCCUACUCUGCAUCGACUUUGUAAUCUUCUGCCUCCGUCUCAUGGCGAUCUUCACCAUCAGUCGAACUCUGGGACCAAACAUCAUCAUGGUCAAGAGAAUGGUGAAGGAUAUGUUCUUCUUCAUGUUCCUGUUGAGUAUCUGGGUAGUGGCAUACGGUGUGGCGAAACAAGGCAUCCUCAUCCACAAUGACAAUCGACUGGACUGGAUCAUGCGGGGGGCUGUUUACGAGCCGUACCUCAUCAUAUUUGGAAAUGUUCCCACAAAUAUAGAUUAUGCUGAGUUUAACAUUGACACUUGCACCAUGAAUGGCACCGAUCCUCUGAAGCCUAAGUGUCCAGUGCUGAAUGAAAACCAAACACCAGCCUUCCCCGAGUGGCUCACCAUCAUCAUGCUUUGUAUUUACUUGCUCUUUGCAAACAUACUCCUGCUCAACCUGCUCAUAGCUAUCUUCAACUUUACAUUCCAGGAAGUGCAAGACAACACAGACAGAAUAUGGAAGUUCCAAAGAUAUGAGCUAAUAAAAGAGUACCACAGCCGUCCUGCUGCCCCUCCUCCAUUUAUCAUCUUCAGCCAUCUUUACCUCCUUAUCAGAAACAUAGUGCUGUCCAAGCCCCCCAUCAAAAGCAAAGGAUUCAAGGAUGUGCUUCCUCAGAUAGAGGAAGAGGAGCUGUUGUCCUGGGAGGCCUUGAUGAAAGACAGAUACCUGCUGUCCACGCAGCAGGAGCAGAGCCAGAGCAUGGAGCGACGCAUCCUGGACACAGCCCAAAAGGUUACCACCAUGACGGAUAUGCUGGAGAGGGAAGAGGAGACGAACUCUGCUGCUAUGAUGAAAAGACUGGCCAGACUAGAGGAGCAGGUUUCCCAGUCAACCAAAAUCCUGCAGUGGAUUAUGGACAAUCUGAAAUCUCAGGGUUCUGCAGCAAAAGAAUCACAACCAACGAGUCAGCUACCACAUUCUGCAGCGUCAACUACAAUAGACAGUGAGUCCCCUAACAUUGAAAAAGAGGAAGGCGGAUUUCAUGUGAAUGCCCGUCAGUUCGACUACCCAAACAGCAAACUUAAACGCUUCCCUGUGCCUGAGGAAAAGGUGCCAUGGGAGGUCAACUUCAGCUCAUACGUGCCUACUCCUUAUACCCCAGAAGAUGACCACAGGGACGGAGCAGAAUCAGAAGCCUUAGAUAAUUACAGAAACCCAUCAGGGAGGACGGGCAUGACGGGACGAGGUGCGCUCAGCCGCUUGGGUCCAAAUCUGAAUGUAGACCUUGUGCUCACACGCUGGAAAGACAGCGAGAAAUCUGUUUUGGAGUUUCUGGCCAUUGGAGACGUGUACCAACAAACCUUGACUUUACCUGGGGGACCUGUCGAAUCUACUCAUCACCUGCCACUGACUCUUGAGAGCACCAUGGGGAAGAAGCUGUAUGAAAAGUUGAAUGAAAAAAUAUUGGAGGGCACAAAGGUGUCUGAGGGUUAUGUGGAUGACAGCAGGAAUACGGAUAACGCCUGGGUGGAACUCACUGUCAUAAACCUUCACCUGUACGGAACGAGCCAGAUUAUGACAGAAAUCAAUAAGGUGGCAUGUCUUCAGUGGCAGGAAGUGAACAGAAAAACACGACUUAUCUCAAACCAAAGAGACUCUUUGCGGCGGGUCGCUGACCUGCACAGCAGGAAGUUCUAAUCUUCCCACCGCUGUAGCUACGUGUCCGUCUACAGCUUUCCUUCUGCCUGUUCAUGUGGCCUUUUGUUAUUCUGUUGCACUGAUCGCACAGAAUUAAAAAACAAGACUUAAUAUUUGCCAAGAUAUAUGCUGCUUCAUAUUAAUCUUAAACAAUUUGCACUAAUGCCAAAGACAAACUGUAUGUUUUAGCCUACACUCUGUGCUGUACGCGUCAUACACGUGUAAGCAUUCAUAUGU